AUGGCAGCCGCACAAGGCCAUCUUGUUCAUCCAGAGGGUCGAACAUGGAAGACUCAUUUUCCUAAAGGGGAUCUUUGGGUGUUUGGUUAUGGGAGCUUGAUUUGGAAGCCACCCCCACACUUUGGCGAGGUAUGCAAGCUGAUCAAAACUUCACCCCAGCCAUACUUAAGUACUAACAUACAAUCAAGUUCUGACCACCGAGGCACCCACGAAAAGCCCGGCCGAGUAGUCACCGUCAUUGAAAGAAGUUUCUGGGAAACCCUAGACGACCCCCACGCACAAGCAGAAUCCGAUUCUGCAUCCACCGGCAAAGUCUGGGGAGCAGCAUAUCAUAUCCCAGCAUCGCACGCAGAAGAAGUGCACGAUUACCUCGACGAGCGUGAAAUCAACGGCUACACAGCUCAUUACACGCCGUUCCAUGCAACUGUUGAUAUUGAUGGAGACCAAACGCCCAUCAUUUGCAUGGUCUACAUCGGUCAGCCUUCUAACUCGCAGUUCCUGCGUGAGCCGGAAUCUCGGGAUCCGCAGCAGGUUGCCCAGGUUAUUGCUUCCAGUCAGGGGGCUAGUGGCAAGAAUACGGAGUAUUUGUUUGGGUUGGAGAAGGCGCUUGAGGGGAUUGGACUUGGGACUGCGGAUGUGCAUGUUACGGAUUUGGUGAAGAGGGUUAAGGCUAUUGAGACUGAGGGUCUUGGAGAGGCUGAGGAGAAGGAAGCGGAGCUUUAUGUGACGAAGUCUUUGGAGGGUGCGGCUAAGGAUCCUGCUCAUGCCAAUGGUCGUGCAUCGAUUGAGUGA